GUUGGGAUAUCUAUCGGUUGGAAGGCAUCCGCAACAGCGGCCACAGCCGACGCUGGAUCUCUGGAUUUCGCACGUGUAAUUUGUUUACGAUGAUCUGAGCCGGCAGUUUGCUUUGCAGACUACUAAUUUUCAGAGAAACACAAUCAUGAGUAAGCAGAAAUACCCUAACACCAAGAAUAGGCACAAGAAACAUCAAGAUGGACGCAGCAGAAAAGAGCAACAGCAGGCGCCCACGGCAGAUGACAGCUACGGAAGAAAAUUUGGUUCGGAAGAUGCCUCUGCUGGUGAGGAUGACAUGGCCAAUAUCCACUCUCCCUUCCCAGUUGCGAUGUGGGACCUAGGCCACUGCGACCCCAAACGCUGUACGGGCCGCAAACUGGCGCGGAAAAAUUUGAUCCGUCUGCUCCGUUUAGGACAGCGGUUCCACGGUGUCAUCCUGACUCCGUCUGGGACCAGAUGCGUCUCUCCGCAGGACAGAGAGGUGGUGUCUGAAAACGGCGUGGCGGUGGUCGACUGCUCGUGGGCACGCCUCGACGAGACGCCGUUUUCCAAGAUGCGCGGCGCCAAUCCCAGGCUGCUUCCCUACUUGGUUGCCGCCAACCCGGUCAACUACGGCAAGCCCUGUGAGCUGUCCUGUGUCGAAGCGAUCGCGGCUGUUCUUUACAUCACUGGCUACAAGGACUUGGCAGAGGCUUACCUGUCAAAGUUCAAGUGGGGCAAGGGCUUCCUCAAGCUGAACCAGGAGCUUCUGGACACCUAUGCAAACUGUAAAACCUCCAAGGAUGUUGUCGAUGCGCAAGCCACCUAUCUGGAGGCUGCACAGCGCGAGCACGACUCGAGAGGUGAAGUGGAGCUACCUCCGACGUCUUCCGACGAGGAGGGCUUUGAUGAAGAGGAUCACAAUCCGAAUUACAGGGUGGGAAUGCUACCACCCUCGAGCAGUUCAGAGGAUGAAAGUGAUACAGACCUUGGAGAAGAAAGAAGCACAGAUAGAGGAGAGGAUUAUACGAGCACCGUGGAAGCCGGCAGAGUAGUGAAAUAAAGUUACGUCUGUUUUCACGCUA